AUGGGAGUCCAACGGCUUUUAGCUGCCACUAUGUGUGUAAGCGCACUAAUUACUCCCACCUUAGCAACCAUUUACUGGGCAGGCAUAGAUGAGUCUGGCGGAGAAUUCGCACCAGGUGUGCUUCCGGGAACGUUUGGUGUCGACUACGCCUUCACUAAUAACUCGGCGGUUGAUAUCUAUGUAAAAGAAAGCAAGGUAUUCCUACCAUCCUCAAACUCAAUUAUAGAGAAUAGAAUCAAGCUGCUGACGCGUGACUUUGUUCUAUCCAAGGUCAACCUCUUCCGUGUCGCCUUUCUGUUGGAGCGCAUGUGCCCCCUGGAGUAUGGAUUGGGCAGCAAAUUCAAUGAGACCUACUUCAAGUAUUACAAAGAGGCAAUUGAUCAUAUCACACUCACUAGGGGUGCCUAUGCGAUUUUGGAUCCUCACAACUACAUGCGUUACAACGACGCCUCUGAACAGCCUCUCAGCGGUAGUGUAAUUGGAAACUGGUCAGAUCCCAAGGCUGCUACAACGCAACAAUUUGGUGAAUUUUGGGGCGAGCUUGCAUCACGGUUCAGGCAUAAUGAAAAAGUCAUCUUCGGACUCAUGAACGAGCCGUGGGGUACUAAUACAUCCUUGGUACUAAAGAAUGACCAGGCGGCCAUCGACCAUAUCCGAGCAGCAGGAUGUGAGCAGUUGAUUCUCGCCCCUGGAAAUGACUGGGCUGGAGGCCACUCAUGGUUUGACAAUGGCGAGGACUCAAACGCCAACGUGAUGUGGAAGUUACACGAUCCCAUCCACAAUACGGCGUUUGAUAUCCAUGAAUACCUCGAUGUGGACUUUAGCGGCUCACACGUGGAUUGUGUGUCUGACCCACGGAUCUUCCUGUCAAAUUUGACAUCUUGGUUGGAAAAGCAUGACUUUAAAGCCAUGAUUACUGAGUUUGGUGGGUCCAACACAACUGGCUGCUACGACAUGCUUAAGGUUUUGGUUGAUUACAUGGAAGAGAACCCGGUUUAUAUAGGUUGGUCCAUGUGGGCUGCUGGUACGUAA